AUGGUAGAGCGUGAGGACAAUGAUUUGGGUGAUAUGCCACUGCUGCGACACAAUGGUCCCUAUGCAGCAGCAUCCAUGCCUGGAGGUUACCAAGAGGCCGUUGCUGAUGAUCGAUCGGAAACUAACAUUCGCUACGGGCACAUACCACAGCGCGUACCCCGACGGUACAAGACCAUCAAGAAGGUAGAACUCUUCCACGGUAACUUCGUGCUCGACUCCGCAGUACCAUCAAAACUGCUUGAUAUGUGCGCGAUACGCAAUGAACGCGAAUUCACCCACAUGCGGUACUCCGCAGCUACAUGUGACCCGAACGACUUUGAGAAGUCUGGGUUCACCCUCCGCCAGGUGCACUACGAUCCUCCACGGAGGACAGAGCUUUUCAUCGUCAUGACAAUGUAUAAUGAAGACGAGGAGCUAUUCUGUCGUUCAAUGCAUGGUGUCAUUAAGAAUAUUGCUCAUUUGUGCACACGAGGUCGAAGCAAAACAUGGGGGAAAGAGGGUUGGAAGAAAGUUGUAGUCUGUAUUGUUAGUGAUGGGCGGUCGAAGAUAAAUUCUCGAACGUUGAGUGUCAUUGCUACCAUGGGGGCAUAUCAAGACGGCAUUGCGAAGAAUAUCGUCAAUGGAAAACCUGUCGCAGCACACAUAUACGAGUAUACCACCCAAAAAAGGUGUUGUCCCGUACAGAUCAUCUUCUGCCUCAAGGAGAAGAACCAAAAGAAGAUCAACUCCCAUCGCUGGUUCUUCAAUGCCUUCGGUCCAGUACUGCAGCCCAAUGUGUGCGUUCUCCUCGAUGUUGGUACCAUGCCCGGCCCCACCUCAAUCUACCAUCUGUGGAAAGCCUUCGACAUUAAUUCGAACGUUGGCGGCGCAUGCGGCGAAAUCGUCGCUCUGAAGGGCAAGUACGGACAAUAUCUUCUCAACCCACUCGUUGCAGCGCAGAAUUUCGAAUAUAAAAUGUCCAAUAUUUUGGAUAAGCCGUUAGAAAGUGUGUUCGGGUAUAUCACCGUGCUGCCUGGCGCGUUUAGCGCAUAUAGGUAUAUCGCCCUGCAGAAUGACCAGAUGGGAGAGGGCCCACUGCAGAAGUACUUUUUGGGUGAGAAGAUGCAUGGUGCAGGUGCAGAUAUCUUCACAGCAAACAUGUAUCUUGCCGAGGAUCGGAUAUUAUGCUGGGAGCUUGUCUCGAAGCGCGGGGGAUCGUGGAUUCUGCACUAUGUCAAAUCUGCUUACGCUGUGACUGAUGUUCCCGACCAGGUCCCUGAGCUAAUUUCUCAAAGACGUCGCUGGCUUAACGGCUCGUUCUUUGCCGCCAUACACUCUACCGUUCAUUUCCACUACCUGUAUCGCUCCUCGCAUUCAUUCAUGCGCAAGUUCUGGAUUCAUAUCGAGAUGAUUUAUCAGCUAUACAACCUCAUAUUUGCCUGGUUUUCCCUUGGCAACUACUACAUUGCCUUCAUUAUUCUCUCACAAGCGCUCGAGUCCUACGUUCCUCAAAUCCACGUCCUUAACAUCAUUCUCAACUACUUCUAUCUCGGGUUGCUCAUCAUGUGCUUCCUCCUCUCGCUCGGGAAUCGGCCGCAAGGCGCAAAAUGGGGUUACACCCUCGCCUUCGUUGGGUUUGGUGUAGUCACAAUUUAUAUGACUGUCUCGGCGUUGUUGCUUGCAUACAAGGCCAUCGAGAGCGUAGCGAAGAGUGAAGGACGGGCGAUCCAGGCUAGCGAUCUAUUCUCGAAUUCGACCUUUAGAGAUGUCGUGUUCUCGUUGGCGGCUACGCUGGGGCUAUAUAUUGUCUCCUCAUUGAUCUUCUUUGAGCCAUGGCAUAUGAUUACAUCCUUCAUCCAAUAUCUCCUCAUGGCGCCGUCGUAUAUUGCGGUCUUGAACGUCUAUGCGUUUGCCAACGUCCAUGAUGUCUCAUGGGGAACGAAGGGCGACAACAAGGUUUCCACUGAUCUCGGUGUCGUCAGUGCGGGCAAGGGGGACAACAAGAAUGAAGUCGAGGUAGCAGUACCCACGGCUGAGACUGAUAUCAAUGCGGCGUAUGAAGAUGCUAUCCAUGUUCUGUCGUCGAAACCACCCAAGGCGGAUUCAAAGCCUGAUCCGACAACGCAGCAAGAAGAUUAUUACAAGACGUUCCGGACGAACGUAUUGCUGGUUUGGACUCUGAGCAACGCUCUUUUGGCUGCUUCUAUAAUAACGGCGACGAGUGGGACUGGAAGUGCGGCUGUGACUGGGUACAUGGCAUUCAUUCUCUUUUCAGUUGCUGGACUUGCAUUCGUUCGUUUCCUCGGCUCGACGACGUACAUGCUCGUGCGCUUGUUUGCAGGAGAGUGA